AUUUCGUCUUUCAGGUCAGUACGCUGUUAAAUGUCGUUUCGUUGACAUUUUUGUUUGAGCCGCGUGUAAUUACGCGAUUUUUUAAUCGUGUGUUAAAAAAGAUAACUGGGCGAGAUGACGCAGAAAGAAAAACAGCCAGAUAACUUUAAUUCAACGGCGGAGCUAACAACGAAUGCUGCCUUUAAUUCAACUCUAAGUAUAGACUCAAAAGACAUAGUCCAAGAUGACAAGGAAUACAACCCGUUCGAGCAUAGAAAUGUGGAACAUCCUAACUCAACGAUUGGCUCAAUCGUCCAUCUACUGAAAGCAUGUCUCGGCUCCGGCAUUCUUGCAAUGCCAUCAGCGUUCAAGAACUCUGGCAUAGUGAUCGGCAUGGUCGGGACCCUGCUGGCUGGUCUGAUCUGCACACACACCGUCGCCUUAGUGGUAAGAACCUCUCAAGAGCUUUGCGUCAUAGCGAAGAAGCCUUCAAUGGGAUUUGCUGAAACUUGCGGCGCUGCUUUCACUUACGGCCCCAAGAAAUUGCAGAACUGGGGAGCGUUUGUACAGACAGUGAUCGAUUACUCCAUGGUGGCAACAUACAUCAGUGUGCUAUGCGUCUAUACAGUGUUCAUCGCAUCUUCAUUCAAAGAGGCAAUAGACGGCUGGUACCCAGAAUUCAACAUAUCCAUUCAAGUAUAUUGUGUGCUAUGCUUGGUGCCUCUCGUGCUGAUCUGCCAAAUAAGGAAUCUGAAGUACUUGGUGCCUUUCUCAGCGACCGCCAACAUAUUGAUCGUUGUGGUCUUUGCUGUGACCAUGUACUACAUAUUUAUCGAUCUACCCUCGCCGAAGGAGAGGGAGAUGGUCGCAAGUGUCACCCAAUGGCCACUCUUUCUGAGCACGGUGAUUUUCGCUAUGGAGGGAAUCGGUGUGGUGAUGCCCGUGGAGAAUGAGAUGGCUCAUCCAGAGAAGUUCCUGGGCUGUCCAGGAGUGCUGAACACGGCCAUGGUGAUCGUCAUCUCACUGUACGGCGUGUUCGGCUUCUUCGGCUACGUCCAGUUUGGAGACGCUGUCAAGGGCAGCAUUACCCUCAAUCUUCCACAGGACCAAUGGGUAGCGCAAGGGGCUAAGCUUCUGAUGGCAUUGGUCAUCUAUUUGUCGUUCGCCCUCCAGUUCUACGUGCCUAUGGAGAAGGUUAACCGUCUGUUGGCCAAAAGGAAGUCUGACAGUUACGAGAAUGUUAUACAAGUUGGCAUUCGAACUUCUCUAAUUGUUAUUGUUGUUGCCGUUGCUGUCGCAUUCCCCAACUUGGAGCUCGUGAUUAGUCUCGUAGGUGCCAUCUUCUUCUCCACCCUCGGUCUACUGAUCCCAGCACUAAUUGACACGGUGUACCGCUGGGACAGGGACCUGGGCAGGUGCUACUAUGUACUCAUCAAGAACGUCAUCAUCAUGGUCAUAUCGCUUAUCGCUUUAGUAUCUGGAUCUUAUGUGUCGAUAGUUGAGAUGAUUAACGAUAUGAGCGGCGAUACUGUCAACCAUCAGAAUAUCACUCUUACGUAAUGCGAUACGUUAUUAUGAUAGUCAGUAGCAUUGAAUUAUAUUAAGUUACUAGAGAAGAUUACACUUAAUAUAGUCUGGCAAGUUCCUUGGUCCACCUACAAAAGUUUGCCCGAUACUGACCAUGCGGGUAGAUCAGCGCAGGGCCAGAUUUCUCGCACCGGUGUCGCUGAUGCUCGACACCGGCCUAUGCCAUUUAAAAUAUCUAGCCAUUGUGAAUGGAUAUACCUCCAUUUGUCGGUCGCCAGAGUCUCGUCAGUCCAUCUACAUGGUACACGACGAGCAGGUGAGGUUGGCAGUUGGGGAGACUGACUGGUACUAGCCUCCUCCUUACACCCUAGCUCAUUCAUCGCUACACGCCCCAUCGCCCCGCGCGCUGCAUCGGGUGUGUUAAGAAGGAAGUUGCCAAGCUAUACUACUUUGUUCCGUUCAACUUUUGUCUUGAUCGUUGCCACGGUUUGGUAGCAAGAAAACAAUAAUCUAUUAAAUGGCACUGUUUAAUAAAUAUGAUAGAUUAUGGAUGGCCUCAACUAAUGUUUUACCACUGCAGCAAAAACUUUCCCCCCACGGUUUUUAUGUGGCGACAAUAUGAUUUUUGUUUAAAUGCUUCUCCAGUACAUUAUAAUUAUAACUCAAUGUCUCGUAGUCAGCGGGCUCACAAGGCAAUUAAAAAUAUUAAUUGUCUAUAGAUGGCACAUAAAACAUAUGUACUCUUUGUCAUUUUUAAUUCGACAGACUGAAGCACUGAUCAUUCUAGUGCAUUCUGUUUAGUCACAAAGUUAAACAUUUUAUUUUUAAGACGUAGCCUUUAUAUUAGGUACUUAGCUCGGUCAUUAAUAUUAAUAAGGCAAAAAUAAUAUUUUCCAAAGCUGGUCUUUAUAUGUAUAAUAUACCAAAGUAAAUCAAAUAAAUAUUAAAUAUGUCUGAGUCGUAAUUUUAUGACCAAAGAGUGUAUUUUUUUAUGAACUUUCUUGAUUAUUUAGCCCAAACUAGACUUUACACUGUAGGCAAUAAAUAGGUAGAUACAUUAUGAAGGACUAGGGAAUCAACUGAUCAUCAAGCGGAUUGCAGGGAGCAGCUGGAUGCUGGCGGCUCGAGACAGCUAUGUUUCGAAGUCUAUACAAGAGGCCUAUGUCCAGCAGUGGACGUCCAUCGGCUGGUAAUGAUGAAAAUUAUGAGGUGAUAAUUUAGUAUUCCAGCUAUGAUAUUUUUGUACGUAGGAUAAAGAUGCCAAAAAUAAAAAAAAAAAAUAUUUUGAAAAUGUUUUUCGUCGAGUUAUUAAACACCAGUUUUCUUUCUACACGUGUAUAAGCAAUAAAAUAUAAAAACUAUUUAGGCUAUACCCGUGUUUGGUACAGUUGGAUUUUCAUUGAAUAUUCAAUUUAUUUUGGUUUUUCCCGCGCAAACUUGAUGAAGCCGAGCGACAACGGCAUAGAGAUCCGAUCAAAUAUUUAUUUUACGACUGUGACUACAUCCGUUAUAUUGAAUGAGUCGCCCAAUAUUUGGGACGAGACGAUGAAUGGACAAAAAAAGUACACCAACUAAUAAAAUGGCAAAAAAACUUUCCAACACACAAAUAUUUACUACAAUACAAUAAUGUUUACUACAAUGCAAUAAAAAAUGUUUACUACAAUGCAGGGAUAAAUAACAUAAUGUGCUAUUUACUGAUGGACUUGAAGACGGUGUUAGUCAGUUAUUGCGCUCUUCAAACAUUUAUACAAAUUUGCAUUUAUCAUAAAUAUGGGUGACUCCUAGCCUUUCGACUAACCGGGAAGCCAUAACUAGGUGUGAGUACGACAGAUAGUUUUAGAUUUGAGACGAGCCCCAUAUGUCUACUGACAUAGGUACUGUAAAGCGUCAUAAUUAUGUCUACUGACAUACACUGUAAAGUGUCAUUUAGAAUAACUGAAUCCAGUAUUCCAGUGUAAGUAAUUUUCUAUAAAAAUAAAUUAUAUUUUACUCGCGUCGAUCAAAAGAAGUAAAAUAAUAUUGAAUUAUGUAUACUUGAGGCGUAUUUUGUAAUUUAUUAAUCUAAUUUUAAGUUAGUACCUAUUUAGGUACUUUUGUGUCAAUAGUUAUUAUUAAGGAAUUGUGAUGUAGACUAAUUUAUUGUUAAUAAGUAAUUCAUAACACUUGAAUUUAAAAAUGAAAUAGCAGUAUAAAAUUAAAAUAAAUUCCAUUGUCACAAAUCUUUUCCGGGAAGUCCAUUUUGGUUUGAAAGUGGUAGUAGGGAUACAGACAAAUAAUUGACAUACGGUUGGUGUGUGAAAGAUACUGUGUGUGUCUGUGAAAACACACCUUCAGUUUACACACAAAACACACUAAACUUGGUCUGCCGCUUUACUACAACAUCCAAAACAAAACGGACUUCCGAAAUAGAUUGGCCAAAGUAGCUAACGAAUUAGGAGUAACUUAUCAAUAUACAAACUGAAUAACAUUAUAGACAUAAAAUAGGUAUGUAAGUUGUGUUUAAAAUUAUAAUUUCUCUUCAAAACUUUCUUAAAAUUAAUUAGUAGCAGCAAAAAGUCGUUUGCUAAGGCUUUGAAUGAAUAUAAAUUUUGUUCAAUCAAAGCUUAGAGAUAAUUAUUUGUUGUUAAUAUAUUUCAUAACACUUAUGUAAUAAAUUAACAACAAUUAUAAAUUAUCAACAGUUAUGAAAUGUAUAAAAGGUAAUUUUUUUUUCAAAAUGUAUAAUUGAGGCUUGGUUUAAUUAUGUAGUUGAAUGUAAUAUUUAGACCGUGCCAUAUAACUUUUUACAAUAUUAUGAAAUUGUACAAAGUAAGUGUUAAACUACAAAUAAAUUAAAUAAAGAUUUAUAAUAAUAGA